CUACAAUUAUGACAAGUUAUGGGGAUAUCCAUGUAAUUUGCUCCCAGUUUUUCUCUUCCUCGCCGAACACAGAAAACGGAGCAGCACACUUGCCGCAGUUUUGUAGCAGCUGCCGGAGCCGGCGAUUGGAGACAUUACCGUCAAUAACCGAAGCUGAAAAAUGCCUAGAGUUAAGACAAAUCGUAUAAAAUACCCUGAGGGUUGGGAGCUGAUUGAGCCAACCUUAGCUGAACUGGAUGCUAAAAUGAGAGAAGCUGGUAAUGACUCUAAUGAUGGUAAAAGAAAGUGUGAAGCACUCUGGCCCAUAUUCAAGGUUGCACAUCAGAGGAGCAGAUAUGUAUAUGACCUUUACUAUGGAAGGAAUGAAAUAUCUAAAGAGCUGUACGAGUUCUGUUUGGAACAAGGUUAUGCAGAUCGCAACCUGAUUGCAAAGUGGAAAAAGCCUGGAUACGAGCGUCUCUGCUGCUUGCACUGCAUACAGCCGCGGGAUCACAACUUUGCAACUACUUGUGCAUGUCGUGUCCCCAAGCAUCUUAGAGAAGCUUCUGUAAUAGAGUGUGUACAUUGUGGAUGUCAAGGUUGUGCAAGUGGUGACUAAUUUGCUUUCCCAUAGCUGUUUGUUAUGAGAUCAGAUAUAUCUUGAAACACCUUAGGUUUUUCUAUCUUUCUGCCUUUUUAAACCAUUAGAAACCUAGUUGAUAUGGUUAACUUGCUUUAUUGGAAAUGCUCUCAUGUGUCCUUUUAUGUGAUCUUGUACAAGAACUAGUUUUUGACAUUGAGUUAAACCUUGUCCAUUUCCAAAGUCA